CAAGCUUAAGCCCAUAAAGGGCAGAUGAAAGAAAAAGGCUUAAGGCUUUAAAGCCUUGCCUUUGACGUCAAAACUCAAAAGGGUCCAAAGAAUAAGCAAUAGAAUACUAAAAAAAAAAACAGAACGCUGCUCUGUUUAUGCAGCGAACGCAGGAAAGGAAAAAAAAUCCUAGGGUUCUUUACAAAUCACUAAUUCUUAAACUCAGUGGUUGUUGUAGAAUCAAUUGUUUGACGGGUAUAAAUUGGACUGGACGUAUUGGCUCAAGGAGUUUUGAGGAACCGGAUUUGCAGGCGAGCAGGCUACGAGUUAGGACUUCCUUCUCUUCCAAUGCUAUUGAAAUGGCUCGUACUCGCAACUCUGACACCGACACUCAGGAUGCUACUAAAGAAACUAUUGCUACUAUUGUGGCUCAAGGCAGAACUAAAAAGGUGUUACAACCCAUAUUUUUGUACCUGAAAGUACGUCGUGAGUCAAUUGAUGUAAGCUCAAAAAGGAUGAAAUCCUUCUACAAGAAUAAGAAAGGUUUGUCAAAGUGUUACGCAAGUUAAGGUGAAUAUGAGACUUGUUAAUCAUGAUUUAAAUGAGUUUAAAGCCAUUAUUUGACUAUAUA